AUGCGUGCCAUUACGGUCACAGCGACGCUUCUAUUCUGUACCAAUACAUGGGCCUUUCUGAAAGCCAGUCAAAACAAUCAGAGUCUCACUAUUGCUAACAACCGGCUGGUUGCAUCGGUUAGCAAAUCCAAAGGGUAUAUCAAUGUUUUGACACUUGACGGCCAAAACCUUCUUGGAACGGAAUCUGGUAACACUGGUGUUGGACCUUAUCUUGAUUGCUACUGUACUCCAAGUGGCUUCUGGACGCCUGGUCGUGGUAAGGAUGUUCAUUAUCAACUAUUCAACGGCACCGACUCGACAGGCACUCCAUAUGGCGGUAUUAGCAUGGGAGAAACCUAUGCGCCUACCGGUCAACGGCUUGAGCAAUACUGGUUCCUGAGAGAAGGCGAGACGGGACUCCACACGUUCAGCCGAAUAGUAUACCACAACGAGACUACGCCAUUUCUGCGGAACCUGCAGGAGUUCCGGACUCUAUUCAGACCCAACCAUGACCCUCCACUUUUCACCCACUUCAUCACCAACGACAAGUUUUCCGCACCACGUCCAGAUCAAAACGGACAAGUAGUCGUUCAAGACGCCACCUGGCAGCUCGUCAACAAAGAUGACCCAUACGUAAAGGGUGUAGGAGACUACUUCACCAAGUACACCUUCCAAGAUAGCUGGCGCAACCACCUCGCCCACGGCAUGUACGCCGAUGGCCGCACCACAAACGGCACCACCUACGGCGCCUGGCUCGUCCACAACACUGUCGAAACCUACUUCGGCGGUCCCACACACUCAGAUCUCGUCGUCGACGGAAUUGUCUACAACUACAUGGUCUCCAACCAUCACGGCGCCCAAACCCCCAACAUAACCAACGGCUUCGACCGCACAUUCGGCCCGCAAUACUUCCACUUCAACACCGGCGGCACGCUAUCUGAACUGCGUAAAGAUGCAGAACAGUACGGUCAGCGUCCAGAUUGGAACGCCCCCUUCUACGACUCCAUCGCCGCCCACGUCCCGAAUCUCAUUACUUCAUCUGCCCGCGGUACUUUCUCAGCAAACAUCGCUCUCCCCACCGGCGCCCAAAACCCCAUCGCUAUCCUCACCACCACCGGUCACAACUACCAAGACAACGCCGCAAACAGCACCGCAUACCAAUACUGGACGCCCAUCCCCUCUACCGGCACCAUUUCCAUUCCCCGGGUAAAACCAGGAUCCUACCGCCUAACCCUCUCCGCCUCCUCCAUCUUCGGCGACUACACCCACGACUCCCUCCUCAUCUCCGCUUCCCAAACCACCUCCUUAAACAUAACCUGGACGCCAGAAUCCGCAGGCAAAGAACUCUUCCGCAUCGGCACUCCCGAUAAAUCCUCGGGCGAAUUCCUCCACGGCACCGCACCCUCUCCUACCCACCCCCUCCUCACAGAAGAAUACAGACUCUACUGGGCGGCAUACGAUUUCAUCCGCGAUUUCCCCACCGGCAUCCACUUUCGCGUCGGCAAAGACGAUCCAGCCCAAGCGCUCAAUUACGUCCACUGGGCUGUGUUCGGCGGUAAAGCGAAUAGCCUGCGACCGGUACCUGUGCCGGAUCACGUGUACGAUUGGAGUAUACGGUUUGAUGUAGAAGAGGGCGAUGUGAAGGAGAGCGGAAAAGCAACGUUCACGGUGCAACUGGCGGGUGCGAAGACGGCGGCGGGGAAUACGGAUCUAGAUACUGGGGAGAGAUGGGCGAAUCUUCCGCUUAGGGUGAUGGUGAAUGGGGAGGUGCUGGAGGAUUGGGUUAUUCCGUACUACCAGUCUUCAUCCUGCGCUGUGCGUUCGGCAGUCUCGUGCUAUCAUUUGGCGCACAAAUUCGUGUUUUCGGGGGAUUUACUGAAGGAAGGGGAGAAUGAGAUUGUGUUGGCACUGCCGUAUAAUGCGACGGGGAAUGAGAGUGCGGUGUUGCCUGAGGCGGUGUAUGUGCAAUAUGAUGCGUUGAGGUUAGAGGUAGAGUGA